UUUAUCUAUCUUUCUCUUCUUUUGCCGCGAUAUAUCCCUUCUCUUACUGAAUAUUAGGGUUUCAAUGGCGAACGUUAAUAUGCUUCCAGAAGAGAUGAUGUUAAAAAUCUUAUCUCGUGUUCCAACUGAAUCUGUUUUAGAGUGCAAAUUGGUAUCAAAACCAUGGAGAUAUCUGGUGAAACUUCCAUCCUUGUCUCAAAUGCACUUGGAUCAUCAUCUCAAUGAUUCUUCUGCUGAUUUUGAAGGUGGAUUCUACAGGUUGACUGGAUUUGGUUAUACUCCUUCGACCAAUGAGCACAAGGUUGUUAGGAUACGUGACUCCGGGGGAGACGACUCGAAUGUUGGAAUUGUUCAGGUAUACAAUCUUGGUAGUGGAAAUGGAUGGAGAAAUGCAGGAACCAUCGACAUUGGGCAGUUGGAAUGGGUUUGGUAUGGUGUGUUUGUAAAUGGAGCUCUCCAUUGGGCGGAUGAAAAAGGAACCGUCAUUCUUGCUUUCAAUUUGGCCGACGAAAAGUUUAGCCGACUUCCACCGCCACCACCACAGCCUGGCGUUCCAUGUAAUGCUGCCGAACUAAGGGUUUUAGAUGGUUUUCUAAGUGUUACUUUUCAUUAUAAUACUGACGCUGACAUAUUAUUCUGGAAGAAGAAUAAAGAUAAUAAUGGCUUUAGCUGGAGUAAAGAGUUUAGUUUUGACAUUAACGAAUUGCGGCCGUUAGAGUUUACUAAGAGUGGUAGAUUUCUGUGCUAUAGGAAUUUCGAAAUUUAUAGUUUCGAUCCAAAAGUUUCAUCUGCCAAAAUGGAUGUGAGUUUUGGCAAGUGUCGACUUUAUGCUUAUGAGAAAGCUCACAGUUUGGAUCCAACUGCGAGUGGACACGGUGUUCGCCAAUUUAAGACUGCACUUCUAGAGCUUCUAGAAAAGUGA